CAAAAUCCCACCAUCACGAGCAACCCCGUUGUCCCAGGCAGUUUACCCAGUCAACACCCAACAAUACCGCCAAAAUGCCGUCCAACAACCGUGUCACGUACCGCCGCCGCAACCCGUACAACACCAGCUCCAACAAGACCCGGAUCGUCAAGACUCCCGGUGGUGAGCUCCGUACGCUGCACCUGAAGAAGCGCGGCACUGCCCCGAAGUGUGGCGACUGCGGCAUCAAGCUCCCUGGUGUCCCUGCUCUCCGCCCCCGCGAGUACGCCAACAUCUCCAAGCCCAAGAAGACCGUUCAGCGGGCGUACGGUGGCUCGAGAUGCGGUAACUGUGUCCGGGAUCGUGUUGUCCGUGCCUUCCUGAUCGAGGAGCAGAAGAUUGUCAAGAAGGUCCUCAAGGAGCAGAACGAGGGCAGCAAGAAGAAAUAGAUGUGGCAGCGGAUGAUCAUAUGAGAAUGGUUGGGCCCAACGGCUGGUAGCGAAGUCUUCACCCAUGGAUCGGGAACGGGCCGCGUCAUUGCUUUCGGUGUUACAGGGACAGGUCUGCAUGUUGUGCAUAGGAAUCGGCUACCCACAAAGAUAAAAGGGAGACGGCUUUCUACUUUCUACCGCUUCUGCUCUUCGCCUUGUCGGCCAAAGACGGAAAAAAAUCAAAAACGACAUCAAGGACA